AUGAUGACUAGACAAAUAGAAAACAAAAUCAUUUCAUUUAUUCGACGCAUUACUUGCAAUGUUUAUAUACCAAGUGAUAUAAUUCCGACUGCAGAAACAAAAAUUAAACUUGCAGAUAGUAUUUUAAUUUCUCCUCUUGUUUUGGGUACUUGGGCUUGGGGUGAUAAAAAAACAUGGAAUUGGAAUGAAGAAUAUGAUGUAAAAGCUAAAGAAGCAUUCGAUAUGUCUAUAUCAAAAGGUAUUAAUACUUUUGACACGGCUGAAAUGUAUGGUAAAGGUGAAAGUGAACGUUGUAUUGCUCGAUACAAAACAAAUCAUCCUAAUGCAGGAGAUAUUGUUCUUGCUACAAAAUUUCUUCCUUUUCCUUACAGAAUUUCUUAUCCAAGUUCACUCAUUAAUGCACUUCGAGCAAGUCUGGAGAGAUUACAGGUUAAUUGUGUUGAUCUCUAUCAAAUCCAUGGUCCCAUUCAUUUACGUUCAAUUGAAGUUCUUGCUGAUGCAUUAGCAGAAGCAGUUAAACUUGGUUUGACAAAGACUGUUGGUGUUUCAAAUUAUUCAACAGAUGAAAUGAUUAAAAUGUAUGAUCGUUUACAAACACAUGGUAUUCAACUUGCAUCAAAUCAAGUUGAAUUUUCACUUCUUCGACGUUUACCAGAAACAUCUGGACUUAUUGCUGAAUGUCAUAAACGAAGUGUUGCUGUUCUCGGAUAUUCUCCUCUUGCUAUGGGUCGUCUUACUGGUAAAUAUUCAGCAGCAAAUCCACCUCCUUCAGGUCGUCAUUUCUCCAAUAUUAAUAUGAAUGAAUUAGAGCCAAUAUUAGAAACAAUGCGACGUAUUGCAAAUAAAUACAAUGUUAGUGUUUCAUCGGUGGCUUUGAAUUAUGUCAUAUGUAAAGGUGUUAUUCCACUUGGUGGUGCUCGAGAUGCUAAACAAGCUGAACAAAAUGCUGGUGCUUUAGGAUGGCGUUUGACAAACGAAGAAAUUGUCGAACUCGAAAGUCAUCCUUUUACUCCAGCCAAUGCAUUUUGGCAACGAUUUUGGCAACAUGAAGUGCGUUCAAGUUCAAACAUCAUUAUGGUUUCUCUCAUGCAAUUAAUGUGCAUCAUAGGUUUGACACUCGUAUCGUUUGUUAUCUAUACACAACAAGAAUCAUUAGCUGUGCCAUCAUCCGAUGAACAAUUUCAAUUAAACAAGCGUCUUAUUGAUGCUCAUGCACGAACAUCUAUUCCACUUUUUCGUGGAUCAAACUUAGGCAUUUUUGUUCGCAAACGUCCAUUUAAUGCCUUUCCUGAACAUUCUGUCGCACGACGAAAAGAACCUCACUCAACAUCAGUUAAUAGUGAAAAUAUUUGGUCCGAAAUAUUAAACAACAAUGAACAAUAUCAACGUCGCUUUGACGAUUAUGCAGAAAAUCCAGGUCCCAUGUUUGGUUGA